AUGGUGGUGCCGCACUACGCCUACCUCAUGAUGAAGAUGCCGGGUACCAAGGGCAUUAUCACCAUAGCCGGCGAGUACCAGAAGUCGGCCACAUGCGUUGCUGCCAGCAGUCGGCUGGCCGAGUCCCUUGUCAUCGCUGCAGAAAGGCGACUCCUCGACCGGGUUGUGGCCAUGGCCGGCACGCAUCCGGACUUGUCACCAGACCCCAAGGAGUCGGAGUAUCAGGGCUCCUUCCAGCCGGCCAAAGAAACCAAGAAGAUUCCCUUGGACCCAGAGCACCCGGAACAGUUCGCUAUCGUAGGGGCCCACCUGGACAGUAAAUAG